AGAGAAGAGAUCAAUUGCCCACUUUCCCUACAAAGCAAAGGAAGAUCUCAACCUUUCCCUUGCUCUUUUAGUUUAUUGAGAGACAAGAUGGCAUCAUCUCUUUCUUCCUCUUUCUUCACUCUAAUCUUACUUCUCAUGUUUGUUAGCAGCACACUCUCUUCAAGAACAUACAGGAAGGGUGAGAGAGGAAAGGUUGAUGGUACUAAAGAAGAUUUGGGUGGUCAUCUUCAUGAAAAAUUGGCAGAGGCACAUAUACAUGAAUCUCAUUCAUCUCAUUCAUCUACACCACACAUGGAUCAUAUGAUGAUGAAGGAUCUUGCAGUUAAGAUCUUCUUCUCAACAAAUGAUUUUAAGUUAGGGAAGAAGAUGCCAUUGUAUUUUCCUAGUGCAAGAGAUCAUCCUUCUCAUCCUACUUCUCAUUUCUUGUCUAGAGAAGAAGCUGAUUCUAUUCCCUUUUCAUCAACCAAACUCUCUGACCUUCUUCAAAUCUUCUCUAUCUCUAAAGGAUCUCCACAAGCAGAAGCCAUAGAAAAGACACUAAGAGAGUGUGAAACCAAAGCUGUUGAAGGGGAGACUAAAUUUUGUGCCACAUCCUUAGAAUCCAUGCUUGAUUUUGUUCACAACAUCCUUGCAUCUUCAUCUUCCUUCAAUGCCAUGAAUACCAAAAUCUAUAGAUAUUCAUCGCAAGUUGCAGUUCUACAGAACUAUACAAUAGAUAAAGUACCCAUUGAGAUAUGGGUUCCAAAGCAGGUGGGGUGUCACCCCUUGUCCUACCCUUAUGCAGUUUUCUAUUGCCACCAGACAACUAAUACCAAGCUUUACAAGGUUUCUCUGAUGGGAGAAUUAUCUGGAGAAAAGGUGGAAGCUGUUGCAGUCUGUCAUAUGGAAACUUCUAGUUGGAACCCUAAUCAUGUCUCCUUUAAGGUCCUUGGGAUCAAACCUGGAGAUGGGCCUGUCUGUCAUUUCUUCCCUGAGGGUCAUCUUGUUUGGAUACCUUCCAAUUUGAUUGUCACUUAGCCACAGCAAGCUAGGAACUACAAGAUGUGGCUUCAAGAUUCAGAACAAGAUUGUCACUCGUGUGUACUUGGGUGUGUGUUUUGGGGCGGCAGGUUAUUGGGUGAGAGGCAGCCUUUCCCUUGUAAUAUUAUCAAUAAAUAAAAAAAAACAGUAUGUCAUGCCCAAAUGGUCCAUGUUUUGUACAUAUAAGGACAGAUAUAGAUAGAGAUGACUCUAUGUUUCCAUUGCUAUAAAAAAUUAAUAAAUUUUUUUCUUUAAUUUAUGAAA